AUGAAGAACUUGUUAUGGACUUUAAUCCAGCUAUCAAUGGCUUUUGCAUUGAUGAAUGCACACUUGGCUACAGACUGGCAAACAGCAUCCCGUGUUGCCUGUGAAACAUUUUCAGAUGUUGUCAUCAGUAAUGUGUUGCAUGAUCCCGGAGGUAUCAGCAAUACCAUUUCUCCACAUGCAACUAUCACAUGCAAUGGCAGGCCAAUGUCUUCAACAGGUUUUAUUGAAAAGGCAUGCAGCGGCGGAUUCAAAACCAGAGACCCCAUGCUACCACAGGCAUUGGACAGUGGAAGAAAUAUCUAUUAUGUCAAUUGGAAAGCCGAGGGAUAUAAUGUUGCUGUUUUGUUCAACAAGGAGACCAGACUAAUUGUAGCAGUGACCUUGACCAUAAUGAGGGAUUAUUGA